AUGUUUUUUAAUCAUUGUAGACCAAUAAAAAUAUUAGGAAUUGAAACAAGUUGUGAUGAUACUGGUGUUGCAAUUGUUGAUGAUACUGGAAAAAUUAUUGGCCAAGCACUUUGUUCACAACAAAAAAUUCAUACAAGAAAUGGAGGUAUUAUUCCACCUGUAGCUCGUGAUUUGCAUUAUGAAAAUAUAACAAAAGUUUGUGAAGAUGCAUUAAAAUCAGCAAAUUUAAAACUACGUGAUAUUGAUGCAAUUGCAACGACAGUUAAACCAGGUCUUCCAUUGUCACUUGAUGUUGGUAAUAAAUUUGGUAAAUAUCUUUGUCAAAUUGGUAAUAAACCAUACAUUCCAAUUCAUCAUAUGGAAGCACAUGCAUUAACAGCAAGAAUGGUUGAAAAGGUUGAAUUACCAUUUCUUGUUUUACUAAUUUCUGGUGGACAUUGUCUUCUUGCUCUUGUUAAAAAAAUUGAUGAUUUUUAUCUACUAGGAACGUCUCUUGAUGAUGCACCUGGUGAAGCAUUUGACAAAGUAGCACGUAAAUUAAAAAUAUUUAAUUUACCACAAUAUAGAGAUAAAAAUGGUGGUGCUGUUAUUGAACAUGCAGCAAAAUUUUCAAAUGAUCCAUUACAAUUUGAAUUUCCUGUACCAAUGCCACAUUAUCGUGAUUGUAAUUUUAGUUUUUCUGGUAUUAAAAAUACAGUAAACACAAUAAUAUGGAGACAAGAAAAAGAAUUUGAUAUUUGUGGUGAUGGUAUUGUACCUGAUUUAUAUAAUAUUUGUGCUGGUUUUCAAUUAUCAGUUGGAAAACAUAUUGGCCAUAAAACAAAAAGAGCUAUGAAAUUUUUAGAUCAUUCAAAUUUAAUUCCUGAUGAUAGACGUACACUGGUUGUUUCUGGUGGUGUUGCUUGUAAUGAUUUUAUUGCAAAAUGUUUAAAUGUCGUUUGUGAAGAAAUGGAUUAUCGACUUGUUAGACCACCUCCACAGCUUUGUACUGAUAAUGGAAUAAUGAUUGCAUGGAAUGGCAUUGAAAGAUGGCGAGAAAAUUGUGGAGUAAUUAGAGAUCCAGACGAAAUUGCUAAAGUUGAUAUUGAACAUCGCUCACCUUUGGGCACUGAUUGGAUACCACUUGUCAAGGAAGCUGAUAUACAAUGCAGUACAAUCAAAACAAAGCAGCUACUCUCUAUUUUAUAA